AUGUCUGGAUGGUAUGGCAACUAUCAGGGCUCGUACGGAAGCGAGGGCCACUCUGCAUAUUUAUCAACUGAGGAUGAUGCAGAAGCUACCUGGAACUUACGACACAUCGAAGAGGAUAGCGCACUUCACUCCCUCGAAGGCUCCGAAGGCUCUCCGCAGCAAGCCUGGGAUAGAGCCUCUGCUGCCUACAGCUCGAUUCUUGAUUCGACUUUAUAUGCGGCGGCUUCUGCCGGGCAACCUCUACAGCACGAGCAAGGAUACCAGCAUCCUGACUCGGAUACCCAUAGUCAUUUGUCAUUUGUCGAGCUGGUUCCAGUCUCCAGUUAUGGAUAUGGAUACGACCAUCAGCACCAAUUUGAGUUUACAACCCAGCCUGAACUCGUCGAGUAUGUUGAUGACGGCGACAACGAAUACACAAACCUCAACCGGGGCGGGACAGCGUCAUCGUCAUCGAACUGGCAACGUCUAGGUGGUAAUAGCCAGAAUGUUUAUGCGCAAGCACCCACCUCAAGCAUUCCGUACCGCAGCCAAAACCACCCCGAAGGCUUUGGCGGAGGGUCGUCGCAAAACAAUGUUGAUCUUGUUACUGUACACAGUCAAUAUUUGUCCGUAGAUGGCAGCGCCUUUCCCAAUACCCAAGAAAUGCACCAUUCCGAUGUAUACUCAAGCUCGUCACUUGAACUUCAACCACAUCACUACGACAACCCACCUCUUGUUGGAUAUACAUCAAUGCCAACCACCAAUAGUACAUUAAUGGGCCGGUAUGAAGAGCCCUGGUCGACGGAGAACACACGACAAGGAGAGCCCCCAAUGCUUUCGGGCAUUGAACGGAUUCCAUUUGAACCUCAGAUAGACCUCUCCGAUACCACUGAAUCCAUAAUGCGCAGUUACGAUGCCGGCUUGAUAUCCAGUGUGGACACAACGAAUUCUCAAACGUCUUUUUAUUCGGACAUUGAAGAGCUGAUAAAGAGUGUCGAGACUGUCCGGUCAACACACCCGUAUCGUGACAUGUCGCAGUCACAAUCGCAGCCUACAAACCUGUCCGGGGAUCUCUCAGCACAGACUCCAACAGACGUCGAGGCACGUCUCCAAAGGCCGUUGGAGAUAGAAUACCAGAUGUCGCUCCUAGAAGGGACACCGCCCCCAUUGUCAGACAAUCUUUUCGAAUCGAAUAUUGAUCAGUCGAACUUAUCGUUUGACAACGCUGAAUGUCUCUCUCUUCCUGGACGCCAAGGUCCCAGCUCUGAACCAGCCUCAUCUUCGGCGCCGACCGUCAUCCGAUGCGACAAGGAUGAUUGUCGCAUCAAGUUCAGCGGCCGAUAUCGCGUACAUAGCAGUAGUUUCGGCGCCCUGGCACGAAUCGUUCUUGCAACGAAGGUUCCUCUUUUCAUGCACAACCCCCUGUACCGCAACGGCUCGCCCUCUUCGUUACUGCAAACCAUCUUAGUCUUUCACACUUCAUCGGAAGUUAGAGAAGGAUGUGUCUGA